GUCCAUCUUCCCUUUUUCUUGUUAUAACAACUCAUGUGUCUUGAUUGAUACUUGAUGCCAUUCUUUUGGGAUGGCCACGGCUGACAGAGACUUUUCACAGGGGUUGCCACCCAUCCGCACCAGCACCACUCGUGAACCAGCCUCGACAUCCCCAUCCCCAUCACCAUCGCCAUCGUCAUCCUCCAACUCCUCCACCUUGUCCCAUCAGCGGACCUCUGAUAAAGCAGAUCCUCGACUAUCACCGUCCGUAGCUGCCUUCCAUGAGCUCAGUGACAAAGAUGUCAUCCACCGCAUCCAAGCCCCCGGCAGUGUUCAGGCCGUCGUGGUUGAUGACGACGUCCUCUUUGCCGGCGUCCAAGGGGGCAACAUUGUGGCAUGGUCGCUCGACACGUAUGAGCUACUGGCAACCAUUCCCGCCCACCGAGAAAGUGUGCUAGCCCUCGCUCUGUCUGAUGAUCGCUCCUUAUUGUUUUCGACUGGUGUUGACUCUGUCGUCAAUGUGUGGUCGACUCAGACGCUACAGCGUCUGUACUCACUUCAUUCGCCCUUUGAGAUUGGCGACAUCUUUUCCGUGGUCCACUCUACCAAGAACCAAACCUUGCUGUGGGGGGCUCAGAACUCAAGUGUACAGUGGUACAACAUCAGCACCGACUCUAAUACUGUUAAAUCUCCCACUGCCACCUUCUCCCCGGGCGCUAGGAAACACCGCUUUUUUGACUCCCUUGGUCCCGGUGGAAGUGUCAAUGUCAUUUCAGACGAAGAUGGCACCGCCAGUCUCUUGCUCAACAGUCACGGUGGUCGAGUCUUAACCAUUCCAAAUCGGAAUUACCUGCCGUACGCACACAAAAGCUACGUCUACGCCAUGUUGUUGAUCAAAGGACUCUUCACUCACGAUCGCGAAGAAGAGGUCCUCGUCACUGGUGGUGGCGAUGGCACCAUCAAAAUCUGGUCAUUAGAUUCCCUCGCAUCUACUGGGCCCGUUCAGAUGGCCAAAUUCAAAUCCCCCGGCUCUAGUGUCUUCAGUCUCUCGUACAGAGGAUCCUUCCUCUACGCUGGCUUGUCCGAUGGAGUGGCCAAUGUCUACAACCUCGCCUCCAACCAGCUUGUGCAGAGAUUGCAAUUUGAAUGUGGCGAUAUAAGCCAGAUUCUCAUUAGCACUGACGGUAUUCUCUGCGGCACAACUCGAGGCAUGAUCAAGCGAUUUAACGAUCACUUUUCCCAAACCGAAUGUUGGAAGGCCGCUGAGGGAAAGGUCCUGGCGAUGGCCUUGACAACGGAUCGGCAGCAUCAUCUUCUGAUUACCGGGGGCAACGAUAAUAUCUUGUCAUUCUGGGAUGCUCAAGGUGCUUCGCACACCGCUCUGGCAAAUCCUGCCCGAAGCAAUGAUGAAUUGGUCAACACUCUCCGGGAGUUUGUCUCGUUUCGUUCUGUCGCAGCCAACCCUGGGUGUGUUCGUGACUGUCACGACGCCGUGGCCUUCUUACGCAAGCAGUGCAAUGCUUUUGGAGCUACCACGACCCUGUUGUCUCCCGAUCAAGGCGUCAACCCCAUCUUACUUGCCAAGUUUCCAGCUUCUCAGCCAUCACAAUCUGUCAAAUCAGUGCUUUUUUACGGUCACUAUGAUGUCGUCGACGCAGAGUAUGAUCCAACCAGCCAGAAUCCAAGCUGGACUGCGGAUCCGUUUGAUCUACAGCCUCUCAACGGGUUUUUAUAUGGUCGAGGCGUGACCGACAACAAAGGACCUAUCCUGGCCGCAGUCUACGCCGUAGCAGACCUGAUUCAACAGCGUGCUCUCUCGUGCAACGUGACUUUUCUAAUCGAAGGCGACGAAGAGGCAGGAUCACGAGGAUUCCGCAAGACGGUGGAAUCCGCGCACAGGGCAAUCGGACCAGUGGAUUAUAUUCUUCUGUCCAACAGCUACUGGCUUGACGACCACAUUCCGUGUCUCACUUUCGGCAUGCGAGGGGUGAUUCAUGCAUCCAUCACCAUCAACUCUAACAAGCCAGACCUACACAGUGGCAUGGAUGGGAAAUCCGUCCAACAUGAGCCCCUCAAAGACUUGACGCUUCUCCUCGCAAAUCUCAUUGGUCCGUCUGGAACCAAAGUGACAAUACCCAACUUUUACGACACGGUCGAUGAACUGUCGGAAGCGGAGAUGAGGGCAUAUGCUGCCAUCACCUCGUCUCUUCUUCCGGGCCACCCAGAGAUUCGCAACGAGAAGUCAUUUGCUUUGUCUCUCAUGCAGCGGUGGCGCUACCCCAACUUGACCGUUCACCGCAUCGAGGUACCUGAAGCCAAAACAGCUGUGACAAUCAGCGGCUCAGCGACAGCAACCAUUUCAAUCCGCAUCGUUCCCUCUCAGACCGCAGAACAGAUAGCCUCUAGCCUGAAGGAUCAUCUAUAUGAUCAAUUCUCCCGACUGCAAAGCUCCAAUACCCUCAAUGUCAACAUUCGGUCCAAGGCCGACCCGUGGCUGGGAGACGUCAACUCGGACCUUUAUACGGCUUUGAAGUCGGCGAUUAUUGACGCGUGGAACCCUAACGGCUCGGCUGCUUCACAACGGUCGUUUCCAGAAUCCCGAUCAUCAACCUCGUCUGCUGGAGCGGCUCCUAUGGCCAGUAGUGGGUCCAUGUCCCAACAAGUGGUAUCGACCAGCAAUGUCAAGUCUACCACACAACACGCUUUACCGCACACCGACUUGGCAGGGUCUUCGACAUCCAGCUCGACCUCGACCAAGGGCACUCAAUAUGAUCAGCAGCAACCACAUCGGCCGACACAACGACGAGCGUCGACACUUGAGUCGCACGGGAACUUCACCAUGAACAACUUGCCACGAGAACCGCUGUUUAUCCGCGAAGGGGGUUCAAUUCCGGCAAUUAGUUUUCUGGAACACGAGUUUGAUGCGCCAGCGGCCAUGUUUCCCAUGGGCCAGGCCAGCGACAACGCUCACCUGGACAACGAGCGGAUGCGGGUCGAGAAUCUGUACAAAGGUCGAGAGGUGCUGAAGCGGGUGUUUGCCGUUUUGUAACAUGGAUAAGGGCCCAGCAGGUGGGUCAACAAAUGACUGCAGCGAUCAGAGGCUCUCUUGUCUUUGACCAUGGGGAAAAUGGGCAGGAAUGACUUCGGAGCCGGGUUUUAGAUGGCGGUCUCAACGAUUGAGAUGGUUCUACGGGCGAGACAAGAGCAUCUCAAAUAGACACGGUGUGAAAAUAGACCGAAAUGGCAUAAAGGACGACAAUGAUCGAGCAAGACGGACGUGAAGUGUGCUAAGCACUGAAUAAGGCUAUUGAGGGCAUGGUGAUAUUGUUGUGAUCACAAUGGUUUUCCCUCAGCAAACAGUUUUGAAUUAGCAUGGUAGGUUAUAGCCGGAUAGGUAUAUAUAUAUAUGUGAGGCUGUAGACAGCGCACAUAGGUGUCACCUG